UUUAGCGCCAAAAAUAUUAGAGGGAAUCACCAUUUUUCAGAAACAGAGGAAAAACGAUUUUACAGUAUGUACUCCAUAGCUGCAAGCUCUUUCUUCAGCCCAAAACUACCCAAGAAUUUGCCUUUUCACAAUCCAAACAGACCCUUAUUUGCAAUUGUUCGCUCUUCAAGUGUUGCUCAAGAAAUCGAUAAAUCAUCAGAGGAGCGGACGGAAUCUCUAGGUUUAAAGGGUUUGGAAUUUCCGGCGAUAAAGGGGGCGAAGAGGGUGGUGCUGGUGAGGCACGGGCAAAGCACGUGGAAUGCGGAGGGUCGGAUUCAGGGAAGCUCCGAUUUCUCAGUUCUUACUUCUAAAGGAGAAUCACAAGCUGAAACUUCUCGACAAAUGCUUAUUGAUGACUCCUUCGAUAUCUGCUUUUCAAGUCCACUGCGUCGCUCAAAGAGGACAGCUGAGAUAAUAUGGGGUGCUCGUGAAGAGGAGAUCAUUACUGAUUCUGACAUGAGGGAAAUUGACCUAUACUCAUUCCAAGGCCUCCUGAAACAUGAAGGAAAAGCUAAAUAUGGGGAAGCUUUUCGUCAAUGGCAAAUAGAUGCACCAAAUUUCAUUAUUGACGGUCACUAUCCAGUGAGGGAGUUGUGGGCUCGUGCUAAAAGCUGCUGGGACAAAAUCUUGGUCCAUGAAAGCAAGUCUGUCCUAGUAGUUGCUCAUAAUGCAGUUAAUCAGGCUCUUGUUGCAACAGCUAUUGGAUUAGGAACCGAGUACUUCAGGAUUCUACUUCAGAGCAAUUGUGGGGUUAGUGUGCUGGACUUCACUCCACAACCUGAGGGCGGAACCCCAAGUAUCUGCCUUAAUCGUUUAAAUCAGACCCCAGGAUCACCUGUAGCAGGGGGAAGUUCUGCAGGCAGAAAAACUAGUAAGCGGAUUGUACUUGUUUGCCAUGGAGUAUCAGAGAGUGACCUAGAGAGUAGUAUGCCGUAUACUGGAAAUGGCCCCUUGAACAUGCUUGGAAAUAUACAGGCCCAGAAAAUAGCAGAGCUGCUUCUUGAUCUGAAAGUGAAUACCGUAGUCAGUGGAACUAAGAUAGCAUCUGUUGAGACAGCUGACACAAUCACCAAAGUUCAAGAAGCUGCUGACUGCCUUGGAGCUGACUGUAUCCCCCGCUAUGUGGAAACGAAGCAGAUACCAGAUCUAGAUGUUGAAAGUAUUCUUACGCAAUCAAAGAAGGAUGCACCAGGAUUGCAAAAUCUGUCUUCUGGUUGGUUAAAUAGACUGGAAGACGACGUCAAUACAUCUUUAUGGGACCAAUCUGGGAAAUCAUGGAAACAUCUAUUGUAUGAACUAUCCAAAGGAUCUGACCAAGACAAUGUAGUCAUUGCUGUUGGCCAUCCUGCACUUCAUAUCGCGAUGAUGGGACACUGUCUAAAUCUAACAAAGGAAUGGUUGGGAUCGUUUCAUCUCAAUGCAGGAAGUAUUACUGUUAUCGAUUUUCCUGAUGGACCCUCAGGGAGAGGAGUUAUCCGUUGCAUAAACUACACAGCGCAUCUAGGAAGAUGGUCAAUUCCUAUUACUAGAUCAACACAAGCGGAUGAAGAAUACUGAAGCGUAAAUAAUAUACAUAGUUGUUGUAUUGAGACGAUGUUAAAUCUACAUUACAGUUCAGAAAUAUAUCAGCUGAAUCCAUGUAAUAGCUUGAUGUUUAUGCCAAUGUCACAAACAUUGAACUAUUGAUCCAAUGGACAUUUAUUUUCUGA